UUUAAAUAGCAGAAGCAGCCUUGAGCAGAGAAAUCCAAGAUCAGAUGCCAGGAGCGUAAUGAAGCAGUCCGUUACCUACAAUGUUUAAUUUGAGACACGUAAACGGAAUAAAACAGUAGCUGCAGGACGUUUAGCGCAAACUCGGAUGGCGGAAAGAUCUCGGAGCGAGAAGCGACGCCAAUAAAUAAUUUACAGACCAUGAACUAUGUGGGUCAGUUGGCAGGCCAGGUGUUUGUGCAGGUCAAGGAGCUGUACAGGGGCCUCAACCCUGCAACUCUGUCUGGAUGUAUAGAUGUCAUCGUGGUCCGGCAGCCCGAUGGCUCCCUGAAGUGCUCCCCCUUCCAUGUCCGCUUUGGCAAGAUGGGUGUACUGCGGUCCCGUGAGAAAGUGGUGGACAUAGAGGUCAACGGAGAGCCAGUGAGUUUGCACAUGAAGCUGGGAGAGAAUGGGGAGGCCUUCUUUGUCAGAGAGACUGAAAACACACUGGAAGUGGUUCCAUCCUACCUGGCGACAUCACCCAUCAUGUCCACAGGGGAGGAGUUAAUGGAGUCCCAGCUGGGCAGGGGCAGCUCUCGUCAUCACGACACCAUGCCCUGCGGCUCACUUCCUGUUCAGAGCCUUGGGCCGCAGCAAAGUGAUGGAGGGCUGACCAAGAAGAGGAGGAAGAGGAGGAGGAAAGCACGGCCAGAGGGAGGCGGAGGAGGAGGAGGGAGGAGAGAGGAGAGCGGGGAGGAGUUCUCUGAGGAUGAGGACAUGUUUACCAUUGACUUGAGCUCGGAUGAGGAGAGAGAGGGGGACGUUGGCAGACCUGUGUAUGGUGAUCAGGGGUCUACAGCCAACACACACGCUAGCACUGAUUGGACCCGUUCACAGAGUAAUGUGAUUAAGGAUACUCUCUCCAUCCUUCCGUCCUGUGGUCUGUCCAUCUCUUGUCCUCAGCAGACCUCUCACUUCUCUUCCCCUGUUAGCAGCCCUGACGAUUCACGGUCAUCAACGCCAAAGAGUGAUUCUGAGCUAGCCAAUCAGAGUAAAGACAACCCUGAGAUGCUGUGGACAUGGGGUGAACUGCCACAGGCUGCCCAGCCAUCUUUCCUGACCUCCCACCAGAAGCAGGACCCUCCCCCAACAGUCUCCAUCCCAGUGUCUUCCAGCACUCACUUCAGAGCCAUCAAUGAUGCUGGACCCCCCUCCCUCACUCUCUACACAUCCCAGCCAGAGGAGACUGCUGCUCACAGCGGGGGCAAGGGCGCUGAAGAGAGCCAAAUUGGAGCCAGUGUUGGUCUAACUACUGAUACUAGUGACAGGGCUGGAGGAGAGCAAGGGAGAGAGGUAGAAAGUGUUGGGGCGUCAUGUGCAGAGAUGGAGGGUUUAACAGGCUGCUCAGUGUCUCUCAGGAUUCUCUCUGAUCCUUUGGACGAAGGCGGUAAUCGAGGAAGUCCCAUUAGAAGAACUGAUUCACCAUCUAAGAGGAAAGAAAAGAGAAGCCAACACCUGGGUGCUGAUGGUAUAUACCUGGAUGACAUUACAGAGUUGGAGCCUGAAGUAGCUGCUCUCUACUUCCCUAAAAGUGAUGGAGGCAGUAGCUCAAUUAAGGGGGACUCAGAGAUGAUGAUGAUGGGUGUGCGGAGCGCCAAUCAGUCCCCACAGUCAGUGGGCAGCAGUGGGAUGGACAGUGGUGUGGACAGUUUGUCCGACCAAAUGGGGGACCUGCCUCAUGUCGCCAUCUCUUUGUGUGGAGGGCUAACUGACAACAGGGGGAUCACAAGAGAGCAGUUCCAGGAGAGAGCAGUUUCCUACCAGCAGUUCUCUGAAAACCCUUCUCUCAUCGAUGAUCCAAACCUGGUGGUCAAGAUAGGAAACAAGUACUACAACUGGAACACAGCAGCUCCAGUCAUGUUGGCCAUGCAGGUGUACCAGAAACCCUUACCACAGGCCUCAGUGGAGAACAUCAUGAAGGAGAAGAUGCCAAAGAAAGGAGGACGCUGGUGGUUCUCAUGGAGAAGCAGGAACAGCGACUCUAAAUCAGAAUCAGUGACAGAGGCAGGAGAAGACCAAGGAGAGACCUCACUCACUAUGGCCUCAGUGAACAGGAUGAAGGAUGAGUCAUCUUCUAGUGAUGAGGACCACAGAUUGUCCAAUCAGGUGUCAGGAUCCUGCCAGUCAGAGUCGCUCAUGAGUUCUGCCAGCGUUUAUUAUAAGAAGACUCUUCGUCUCACAUCAGAGCAACUGGCUAGCCUGCAACUGAAGGAGGGUCCUAAUGAUGUGGUGUUCAGCGUGACAACACAGUAUCAGGGCACCUGUCGUUGCCAUGGCACAAUCUAUCUUUGGAGCUGGGAUGACAAGAUAGUUAUCUCAGAUAUAGAUGGAACCAUCACCAGAUCAGACACCCUGGGUCACAUCCUCCCCACACUGGGGAAAGACUGGACCCACCAGGAUAUUGCACGACUCUACCACAAAGUCAACCAGAAUGGAUAUAAAUUCAUGUACUGCUCUGCGAGGGCCAUUGGCAUGGCUGAUAUGACACGAGGCUACCUGCACUGGGUCAAUGAGAGGGGAACCAUGCUACCAAUGGGUCCAGUGCUGCUCAGCCCCAGCAGUCUUUUUUCUGCCUUGCACAGGGAGGUGAUUGAGAAGAAACCAGAGAAGUUUAAGAUCGAGUGUCUUUCUGACAUCAAGCACCUUUUCUACCCAAACACUGAACCUUUCUAUGCUGCUUUUGGCAACAGAGCUACGGAUGUGUAUUCCUAUAAGGAGGUGGGUGUUCCUCUGAACAGGAUCUUCACUGUUAAUCCAAAAGGGGAGCUGAUACAGGAACAUGCCAAAACCAACAUUUCCUCCUAUGGGCGUCUGUGCGAGAUGGUGGACCAUGUCUUCCCAGUCCUACUCCGAGAUGACAGAGCAGACUUCCCCUGCUCUGCCACCUUUAGCCAAUGCAACUACUGGAGCAAACAACUUCCUGAUGGCACCAGCCUGGAAGAAGAAGACCCACAGCCCCUGGAGACAAGUUGAGAAAACCCCACUAAAUCCAGCUUGUCUCCACAUCACAGUCAGACACCACACUGUGGUCAGUGGUUUUGUGAUUCAUCGUGAAUCCAGCAUAGGAGUGAAGAUAUUGUAUUUAAUCAAUUGAUUUCAGAAUGAAAAGCUCAUCCAGGAACUGUGUGGGGAAACAGCUACGACACUAUACAUGAUACAUGCUCUGUGGCUCCUUAAAAGCUCAAAGACUUCAAAUAAGUAACUACGACUUCUGAUCCAAAGUGGAUGAAUGUGUUUAAAGUAUCCCACAUACCCAAAUCACUGUGUCAUCAUUGAACAGCAAGAACACACUAUAAUUCUUCAAGGUAGGAAGCCAUAUUUAAUUUACUGGGGUGUUUAAGAGAGUAAAAAACAAAUUAAGAGACAAUGACAGGGUACUUCAAACCUAGGGGUUUGUCAUAAACAAGACUGUUGUGUCAGAAAAAAGAAAACAAAAACAAUCCUUUCAUUUCAACAGCUACUUGGGGAGUGAGUUUAAUUGAUUGCACUGCCUAAAGAGGGGUCAACACAGAUUCAGAGACUCAUAAAUCACACAUUUGCAAGUGUACUGACUCACAGACACACAAGUAAAAUUUGCAAAGGCAUUUCAUAUACAAUGAGUAGCCCUGCAGAACAUAAUGUGAAUGAAAUGUCCCUCACUGAAUGUGAUUUAGCUCAAUGACCGGUAACCAUUUGCUCCUUCAUCCCACACCACUCUUCAUUUACGCUGGUGGAUGGAAAAGCUGCCACACAGAACACAUACUGUUUGCGAGAGGGUGAAUAUGAUUUUUUUGGGGGGGAAUGCACCAAUAUGGCUUAUAUGGGUUGGUAUCAAUAUGACUUUAUCCCUACUCAUAUCACCUGAUACAUUGUUUCAGAUUGAAUUUUGUACAAAUUAUACAACUAUCUUCAAAUACUAUCUUCAGUUGCCUUAAUCAUUGAGAAAAAAUCACUGAAAAGUAAUGACUCAUCUAUGUAAAUUACAUAAAUAUGAAAUCUGAAAUCCUACUGUUCCACACAAGCGGCCCUUCCAGGUUGCCUACAGAACUAGCCUCCACAAUUGAUCAUGAAAAUAUAAAUUACAUAUACAAUUAAGCUUUUCAUCGCCCAAAUCAGUCUAUCGGUGCAUCUCUCAUUUUUUAAAAUCUUAUUUAUUAAAGAAGUCUACCCUUCAUAUGCAAAAUAUUCACCAUUUAGUAAGCAGAGACUCAGACAUCUGGGUUUAAGUUUUACUAGAUAGUGACAAAACCUAUAGUUUGUGAGGAGGGCUGUAAUAAUAUUUUCUGACCUCAAGUACAGUAGAUACAUUACCUUACACCAGAAACACCACAUUACAUUACAGUAAAACCAUCCAGAACAUGCAAAAACAACACGGAUAGUGUAUCCAGUCACCUUCUGUGUCAAACUACUUUGCAGGUCAGCUAAAUGUAUGUGAUCAAUUGACUGUGCUACUGUGAAAGAUGUGGCUCUGGCACAUUUUCUAAUUAGUGUUCAGUGACUGUAAUCAAGAUAAAUGCAACGCAAUGCAAUUAACUUCAGUCUAUCUUCCUUCUGUCUGUUUUUAUAUGUGCAAAUACAUUAACUCCAGUGAUAUGCUAGAAUGUAGUAUUUAAAUCACUCACAGUGUAUGUUACUCCAAUGACUAAUGCUCAUCAAUGCAAUUAUAAGCUUGAACAGGACUACGGUCAUAUAUUUUCAGUUUUGUAAUGUUGUUACUGCAAGGAUCAGAAUACUUUUCUGUACAGCACUAAUCUAUGCUAUGUUCAGAUGCUGUAAGGUUUUCUCUUCACAAGCACAUCUUUUUUUUUGUUUUUUUGUUGUUGUUUGUAUAUAUUAUUUUCAUUGGUUAUCAUAUGUAUAUCUUUUAUUAAUCAAAUAACAUUUACUGCACUGAGAUGGAAGCCUGUCUGUUAAUUUGUACCUCAUGUAUAAUUUUAAAAAAUGGGGAAAACCACUGUAAAUAAUGAAUAACUUUAUUAUUUUUGUGACCAUAUGAAGUGAACUUUUUAAAAGAAAACCUAAUCUGCUAAUCUUUUGAGAACUAACAUAUUGACUAAAGUACUUUGUUGGUGGUGCUCAUUCAAAUGCACUUGAAAACAAAUGUGACAGUUUCACAUGUGACCACUAAAGCAAUAGGUGAACAUACAGUGUUUUAUUUAUGUGAUGACAACUGUCAAUCUAAAAUAAUUUCAUUUCUUUUGGUGUCUUCACCAAAAGAAAGUUCAAAUUACAGUAAUUUUGAAAAUACUGGUACUUUGGUUGCAGUAUAAAUGAGAGCAUCGUCAAGCCACAAAAAACUUCCUCUUUUCAUGUUAAACCAAAUCAGUAUAUUUGAAAGCAGCUUAGACAACAGCUCCAAGAACAGUAAAAAUGGUUGAAUGGGAGGUAAAAAAUUAUUUGAGUAGUUUUGCCCUCUGACACACCUGAACAAACAGUAGUGUUAUGGUAUGUAUGUAUGGUCCUUUUAAUAGGAACCAAUUGAUCCUCAAAACAAUUCACUGUAUUUUUGUUAGAAUUGAACAAUGAUAUUUGUACGUUAAUAUUAAUGUGUCCUAUAUUGACAAAAAAUCAAAAUCUCAGAAUACUAUUAACAAGCCUUUUGACUGAUUGUGACUGAGUCUGUUAUACUGUCAUAUACUGUAUGUACAUAGAAUAGCAAUAUCUGAUGCUGUACUGUAAUUGACUUUGCCUAAAGGAGAGCUUAUCAGGAAUUAACAUAUAAUUUAAUCUAUAACUGUUGAUGUCCAUAUGCCUUUCGGGAAUUCAGUGUAAUUUGUGUAGGAGGAAAAGAAUAGGACGCAUGCUGUUGUAAUGUUAAAAUGCAUAUUUACAGUACGUGGAUGUAAUGAUCACUGUCUUGUCACCUCAUCUUUGUAGGGAAGUACAUUGCUUAAGAAAAAAGAAUAGAAUAUAUGGUGUCUGUAUCUCAUAAUUACGAGAAAAAUGUCCCAUGAUUAUGAGAUAAAACUGUUAUCAUGACAGUUUGAGGCUUUGAUAUCAGAUGUCAUUUAGUAAUGCUGAUGGUAUUUCUAUUAGUAUGUCAAUGGUAUAAAGAUCUACUAAUUGUAAGAUCUUAUGUAUGAGAUAUGGAAGUCAAAGAUGACAUAAGAGAGCAAUGCACUUCUCAAAUGUUUGGAGUAAAUCAUCUUUUUGAUGAUUAUCACUUAAUUCUUUCUGUGAAAGAUGUAUUAAAACUCUUGACUAGUUAUCCAGUCUGUCUGUGUGUUGACAUGGAUGUUAUGUAAAAUGUUUUUAGCACUAAGCAGCAGCCUAACCAGCAGUGUGCAGUGCCAGCCAUUAUUAAUGUAGUUUGAAUUAAGCUGUACAAUGAACACAUUUGUCAAUAAACUCAAGGGUUAAUGCUA